GGUACCGUAAGUUGUUUCGUUUUCAUGGAGACUGACGCGUUUGCGGUUCAAACUUCAAUUCAGUUCAACUUACAGGUCAAGAAAGGAAAAGGAUCUGAAAUGUAGCUUAGAGUGAAGAUACUCGACUCUAGACUGACAAAGUAAACAUCUCACUAUGAAUAACAACUCGAAGUCCAGCAGCAACUGAAACUGACAUAAUGGCUAGCCGAUUACCCCCUCUACAAGGAAACUGGGGUAAUGUCCCAAGACCACAUGAAGGCAUCCAGGAUUCUCCAUCAAGAAGCAAUUCCAGGAAUUCUCGAAUGCUGAUAGAGCGUGCCUCUGAGUUGAAGGAUGCCAUUGUAUCUCGUAUGGUGGAGGAUGAUGGGUAUCAUGACAUGUGGCAUGAUCGCCACAUGAGGGCGCUGUUGCAGGAACAUCUUCAUGCCGUCACCUCGGCUGUGAAAACCCUAGGUCAUGACAUUGAGAGUUUAGAGAACCAACUGAGUGGACGUGAUCAAGCUAGUGUUAUGAGCAAUACAAUGAUGAGGAGUCUCGAGGUCCAACAGGCUACUUCAGUCAAUGAUCUUCGAUCUCGUGUAGCAAGAUGUGAUGCAAACAUCUCAGUUCUCUCGGGAGAUAUGAGGAAGAUGUAUGACUCUCUCAGUACAUUGACAAUGCAGAUGCAGACAGUCAUAGCAAACCAGUCAAGAACUGAGAAGAUUCUAGAAGAAAAGAUUUCAAAACUAGGAGAGAACAGUGAACAGCACAAAUCAGAUUACAGCGCAAGAUUGCAAUCAUCUGAGGAUAAAUUCCAGCAAGCCCUCAGUAUCCUUGAUGUUAAGCUGAAGAACCUGAUAGAAGAAACCAAUGAGACGGUAGAGACCAUUCGUUCUCAAGGGUUGUCAUCGCAGGUCAAGUUGGAGAAGGACAUGACAUUUUCAUUGGAAUCUGCAAGGUCAAAGAGAGACAAGAGAAUGGAUGAAAUGGAGGAAUCUUAUAAAAAGAAGAUGGGUGCUGUGGAAAAGCAGUUGGAGAAGUUGGAAACAGAACAACAGGAUACCAAGUCCCACGUUGCCUCUGAGCUCAAGAACAUGAGAAGGGAGUUUGAGGACACUCUACAGGCUGAGCAGGUCAGACUGGAGCGGAAGCUGCGAGCUUUGAUUGAGCAGUUUAGGAAGGAGAAUACUGAGGGGUUGAAAUCACUGAGUGAGAGCUUGACAAGCCUCAGAGCUGUCCUAGAAGGGAAGCAGACAUUAAUUGCUGAAGAGAUCAGAGGAGAGAUGGCUAACAUGAAGAAACUUGUGGUUGUGACUUAGCUCGCUGAAUAUUAUGACUUGCUCCGGAAUGUAAUAGAUGCCAGUCACAUAGGAAAUCAGGAGUGAUAGCAAGAAUGAAAGUAACUUAUGAUUGUGAGUGAGCUUAUGGAAUCUUGAAGAUGACAAUACUUUCUUAGACAGGACUUUAUAAUCCUAUUGUGAAUGUUCUGCAAGAAUCAGUCCCAUUUUCAUAGCUGUUGAUUGCUGUAGAGAUCAGAGGAGAGAAGUCAGGACAUGAUCCUAUUGUAAAUGUUUUUCAAGAAUCAGACCUGUUUUCAGAGACUAGCUGUUGAUUGCUGUGGAGUUUAGAGAAGAGUAGCACCUUAUCAAAAGUCAAAUCUGCAUCUUUCCUUUAGGAAUCCUGCAAGCAGUUCUUCCCUACCAUUCCUCCCAUUUUAUAGUAAAAGACAGUGGGAAUGUGGGGUAAGGCUAUAUGAAAAGACACAUUGCACCUUUGUGGUGGAAUUCCUGGAGAUGUGGCACAGACUUUAGACAAGUUGCCUAUAAAGAAAAACUUUUGGUAGCGACUAAGAUCGAAGCCCAUUAGUUGUUUCAGAGAACAAUAGAUGAUUCCAAGUAUUGUUACAAAGUGAUAUUGUUUUGAUAGCAUGUACAGGCUGCCCAACAAAGAACCAAGACAAAAUUAGGGUUCAGAAAAAUGAUGGUAACCAGUCAAACUUAAAACCACCCUUGCUCCAAGUUGUGUGUUCUGGCUGGUUUUGUUUUUGUUUUUCACUGACACCAAUACCAGUGUUAACCACUACAAUUUUGAACGUCCUUGAUUACUUAGGUGAAUAUAUAAAAGAUCAAAGACAAAAACUGAUGGUACUUGGAUAUUUUAGGGAUUAAAACAUUUCAAUUUGACAAAAGUCUUGACCUGACAAAGUCAGAUGGCACUAAUCUUGAUUGCUGUACAUGCUCUUUAUAUUAAUUGGAAUUAAAGUGAAAUAAUUUAUUGCAUGAUUACUAUUGAAAUCAGGCAAUAUAAUAUGUGAAAACGGUGAGGUCUACAGCUGUCUGCCUUCAGUAUUUUUCUAAUUACUCUUGGGCAAUGAUCAACAUUUUUUAAAUGUGAAAUUCCUUCAUUUGUACUUCAUAAUAUACAAGAGGCAAAAAUAAGUUAUCACAUACAAAUGUUGGCGCCUUGUCAUAUUAGGAUUGCAGUUGAAAUUAAUCUCAAAAAUGGAAAGCUGAUGAUGCCAUAAUGCAUCACAUAGAUGGUGUCCAAGCAUAGCUCAAGUGGGCACAUAUUAGACUAUAUAUUUAGAAUGUUGCAUCCUGGGAAAAGAUCUCGGAACUAUAUGAGUAGUUUAGGUCUUGAGCUGGUGCUCUUCAAAUUGGUGUCUGCAGCCUGUGGCCAGGCUUUAAAAAAGGCGAUAUAACAUACUGGU